UAUGAGUCCUUUUCGCUCAAGUCCAUGAGCGCUCCUUCGAGAAGUGAAAGCUUUCUCAAUGCAAUGGAAUUGCAAAUUGCUGGAGGUGCAGCUGGCGAGGAUAGAGUUCAAGCUGUUUGCUCUGAAGAGAACGGUUGGCUUUUUUGUGGUAUCUAUGACGGCUUUAAUGGAAGGGAUGCAGCUGAUUUUCUGGCAGGAACGUUGUAUGAGACAAUCACUGCUCACCUCAACUUGCUAGAAUGGGAUCUGGAUCAGGGUUUGUCGAAAGGCGCUGAUGAAUGUUUCAAGCAGAGCGUGCUUAGCAGCCUUCAACGCGCGCUCAAUCAAGCGGAAAGUGAGUUUCUUUACAUGGUUGAACAGGAAAUGGAUGACCGUCCCGAUCUAGUAUCUAUAGGAUCUUGUGUGUUGCUUGCUCUACUUCACGGGAAAAACUUGUACUUGCUCAAUCUUGGUGAUAGUCGAGCGGUGUUGGCUACCUAUAAUAAGGGGAAUGAGGCGAGGGACAGUGAGGGGCUCCGAGCUGUCCAGCUCACCGAUAGUCAUACUGUCGACAACGAGGAUGAAAGAAUCCGAGUUCUGAAUGAGCAUCCCAAUGACCCUUCUACACUUGUGGCUGGAAAAGUAAAAGGAAAACUAAAGGUUACAAGGGCUUUUGGGGUUGGUUACUUGAAAAAGAAAGACAUGAAUGAUGCUUUGAUGGGUAUUCUUAGAGUCCGUGAUCUCAUAAGUCCUCCUUAUGUAUCUGUUGAACCUUCUGUCGUCGCACACGAAGUAUCAGACUCUGAUCACUUCGUUGUGCUCGGGAGUGAUGGCUUGUUCGACUUCUUCAGCAAUAAUGAAGUCGUGAAUCUUGUGCAUUUCUACAUGCUAAGGAACCCUUCUGGUGAUCCAGCAAAGUUCCUAGUCGAGCAGCUCGUUUCAAGAGCUGCAGAUUCAGCAGGCUUUAGCAUGGAAGAGCUGAUGAGCAUCCCUGCUGACAGUAAGAGAAAAUAUCACGACGACAUCACAGUCAUUGUGAUCGUCUUGGGGACGAACAAACGCACCUCGAAGGCGUCAACGUUGUGCCUAUGAAACAGACCAACUUUUUGCAGCUUCUUAGCUUUAGAUUCCCUCCUUAGAUAAAGGUACAUGAUAAACUCGGGGCGUAAAUAUUACUUCUUAUAACGUUGCAAAAAUCGCCUGUUUGUAUGUGGAUUGAAUAUCUUCUUCUGCAAGGUGUAAUGCCUUUGCCAUUC